CUGGCAACACAUUGGAAACUGGCCCUUUCUGUGGAUAAAUCUCGUGGCUCCUGUCACGGUGCCGUGUUCACGCGUCAAACUGCGCACUGUGCUCCUGAAGAAAUGAGCUAGCUGGUUGGAAAAACCAGACUGACUUUGCUUUGGAAGAGAACCGGACGCGGGGUUUGGUUCGUUGGGAGGCUCCGAGCCGGACUUUGUUGGCUCUUUUCCCACUGAAGCCAGCAGCAGCAGCAGCACCCUGUUAAAGUCAACAUGUCAAAAUACACCAGUUUUCCUGAGCCCGUGGACGACAACCCUUUCCAGGAUCCUGCAGUGACUCAACACAACAACAGCAGCAGCACAGGAUACGCUACACUGGAUCUCUACAACCCGUUUGACAAUAAUGCUGGGCCUCCACCACCGUAUGAAGCCACCUCUCCGACGACUCCAUCUGUACCUGCACAGACCCCGCCAAGCAGGACGACACCUACCGAGUCUCGUAACUACGGCUCCUAUAACUCCCAGCCUGCAGUGAAUGCGACCACAGCGGAGCUCCUGAGGAAGCAGGAGGAGCUGGAGAGGAAGGCUCGUGAACUGGAGAGGAGAGAGCGGGAGCUGGAAUCACACAGUCUGGGACCCGGAGCCUCCCGUCAGAAUAACUGGCCUCCGCUGCCGUCGUUCUGCCCUGUGGGCCCCUGCUUCUACCAGGACAUCAGCGUGGAGAUCAGCCAGCGCUUCCAGCGAACUGUGACAAUCAUGUACUACUUCUGGAUGUUUUGCACUUGCACGCUGCUCCUCAACCUGAUCUCCUCCCUGGCCAUGUUCUGCGUGGACGCCUCGAACGGUGUGGGCUUUGGCCUCGCUAUCCUCUGGGCCAUUCUGUUUGCCCCCUGCUCCUUCAUCUGUUGGUACCGGCCCGUGUACAAAGCUUUUAGGAGUGACAGUUCCUUCAACUUCUUCGCCUUUUUCUUCAUUUUCUUUGCCCAAGUGGUCGUCUAUGUUAUCAUGACCAUUGGAAUCCCAGGAUGGGGUUUCAGCGGGUGGAUUGUGAGCCUGGCUGCUCUGAAGACCAGCGUCCCUGUUGGCGUAAUCAUGAUGAUAAACGCCAUCCUGUUUACGGCGCAAACUGCCAUGGGGGUCUUCAUGCUGAAGAAGGUUCACAGUAUGUACAGGCAGACCGACGCCAGCUUUCAGAAGGCCCAAGCCGAGUUCGCCACCGGAGUCAUGUCCAAUCAGGCUGUGCGCCAGGCUGCAUCCAACGCUGCCCAGGGGGCCUUCACCGCACAGCGGUAGAGAAGGAUGAGUUGGACUGAGCGGGUGAGAGUGGUGUAGAUUCAACACUGCUGGUUGGAGUUGGAUGUGGUGGCAGAGGGGGAGUUUAGUCUACAUCAUUACCCCGGCGCAACUGAACUUCAGUGCAGGUGCAUGUACAAUUUGUAAAGAUUAACAACAUUGCCAAAUGUAGUGAUCAGUAACAUGAAAUGAAAAGGCUUUGUGAAUAAAAAUAUACUUGCUUGGAUGUCAAAGUUAAUGUUACUCAAGUGUAUGAGGAUGCAGGGAAAUACUUUGUAAAAUAUGUAAAAUCACGCUGUGUGCCAAGCUGGUCACUUUCAAACAGUGCUACUCUUGAUAGUUUGCAUUUUUAAAUGACUUGGAUGUUUACUGUGUUCAUUGGAACCUGUGUUCAAUAAGUUGGAGCCAAUAUUUGAGGCUGAAAAAACACUGAAGUGUCACCAUUAUUCAACCCAUAACUAACUGGCUCAUAUUCAGCCGAUGAUGUUUUGUUGUGUGAGAGAAACUAACAAGCUGUUUUUCUUUUAGAGAAUGCCAUAUAUCUUAUUGCCAAAGCUGUAAUUGUGAGUACUUAAUUAUGUUUUGACCCCAAUAUGUUUCUUGUCUUCUUGCAGUUGCUUGUUACUAUGAUUGCCCAUCUUUGUUUUAAUAAAAUGUAUUGUCAUGCUUGCAGAGUCA